AUGGCAACCUCACCUUUCACCCAUCUUCUCUCUUUGCCUGAAGAGACGAUUGACAUAAUAUGCCAGCACUUUUGUCCCUGCUGCAGCAAUAGCCCCUCUCCUCGAUACUUCUUAAGCUCCGAAUGGUCAAACCCGGCUUUUGACAGAAAAUGUCUACUCGCCUUAUCUCUGACAUGCCAGAAACUCAAGCGUAUAUCCCAUACGCACUUGUAUCAUAGACCGACGGGGUAUGAUUUCCUUGGUUUCAUCAAUACCAUUGAUGAAACCCCAGCUCUUGGUCAAUCUGUCAAGGAGCUCUAUGUGAACGGGGACGUAAUGACGUCUCUGCGUCUUGGAUAUUAUAAACAAUUCGAGAAUAGAAUACACUACGCCGGAGCAAGGUGGAAAUUGAUCGCCGAGGUCUUCGAUUCCAUCAUGCCUGCUGUUCUCUCUUUAACACCAACGCUCACCAAGCUUGAGGUUUAUGUCCAGACGGACCAGGACUUCUCGAAGACCCAGUCUGGGUGUCUCCUGAAUUUGAUGGAACUAACUAUAGGCUUUUCAGGGAAUUUAUACACCACAUAUUUGUACGGCAUGGGCGGACUGGCUGGUCUCUUGCACGCAGCACCUCGAUUGGAAAGAAUCGAACUGCUCAACUUCAAAACGUCGACGGCAACCCUUUAUCACGACAAUGUCAAAGAACUUACACUGAGAUCAUGCAUGAUUCACAUCGGUCGAAUGACUUUCUUGAUACGUGGCUUUCCAAAACUACAAACCUUGCGGUUUAGUGCACCAAAGUAUUGGCAACGUUCUAAUAACGUGAGUCAACAAACAGGUCGCACGUACAAGAUCGAGGAUCUCUUGAUGCUGAGAAGCGACACGCUCAAACACCUCAUACUCGACUAUCCUGGUAUUGCGUUCGAUGACCCUGGUGAAAUAGUGAUCCAAGAUCUCUCAAUGAUGAAGGUCCUUGAGACACUGUACAUCGACAGCAGUAUGCUGCAUCGCCGAUGGGAGCAGGAUCGCCUGCGUACACAAAGGCUUUGUCACUUGCUUCCAAGAUCCAUCAAGGAGUUCGGCCUAAUGGGAAGCGCAUAUCCGUUGGUACAUGGCGAGGUUGUGCAGUCCAUCAAUAUCUCGGCCCAGGCAUUUCCUCACUUGAAAAAGGUAGUUAUCACGGAGUUUGACAAAGAAUGGCGAGAUGAUGGGGAUGAUUGGGAAAGGACGUAUGCCUCGGCUUGUGAAGCUGCCAACAUAGAGCUUUCAUCUUGGCUGCCUCCAAGCGUACAGCAGUUUAUGACCCAGCGCGGCCCGUAG